CUCUGUCGAACCGAAUGAGAGUAGCGAUGAUUCAGAUGAUGAUUCCGAAGAGAGCGAGGAAGAAUAAAUGCAAUGCAAUGCAGCUUUUUGCUUUAAGAUGCUAUGUAUUCUCUGUUCUAACUUCGCUCUAUUACUCUCGAGUGAUCCGAGUCAAUUAGAAGCCUUCAGCUUUUGCCGUUUUCCUCUUAUGUCUUUCUUCUACACUAAUAAUGGGGUCUGCUCUGCAUAUCUCUUGCUGCCACGCGAUACCUUUAUUGAAGUGUACUGCGUACUCAAGCGGAUUUGUUCUGAAUAUCCUCUUGUACAUAUAUGAUCAUCUUCGUGCUCUUCAUUUUCUUUUUUCUCUUUUUACCGCACCUAUCUCCGCUUCUUUCAGUACUCAUGCGAUUUCGUGGAUUCGUCGCCAACCAGCAAAUGGCUUGGCCAUCGUGUUUUUGAGAAGCAUUCUUCAGCUUUCAGGCUUGUCUUAUUUCCCUUUUCUUGCGUGUGGGUAUUUGAUACAGAAGACAGGGAGAAUAAUGUGACGACUGUCUGAAGAUGUCAUUAUGGGGACGUUCGAAGAAGUUGAGACAUUGUGGAAGUUAUUUUCGGAAUGUGGAAG